CCCCCGCCGCCGCCCCCGCCGCCCCCUCCUGCCGGGUCCCGCCGCCAGCGCCCCCGACCCGCGGUAACCAUGUGUGACCGCAAGGCCGUAAUCAAAAAUGCGGACAUGUCGGAGGAGAUGCAGCAGGACUCCGUGGAGUGUGCCACCCAGGCCCUGGAGAAGUAUAACAUAGAGAAGGACAUAGCAGCCCAUAUCAAGAAGGAGUUUGACAAGAAGUACAACCCCACCUGGCACUGCAUUGUGGGGAGGAACUUCGGCAGCUACGUGACGCACGAGACAAAACACUUCAUCUACUUCUACUUGGGCCAGGUCGCCAUUCUCCUCUUCAAGUCUGGUUAGAGCAUGGCCUGUGCCUCCUGCCCCGAGAGCCAUCCAGAUCACAAGGACUGCAGCCUAAAUUCCAAAUACCAGAGACUGAACUAUCUUCAGCGUUGCCAUGGGAACACCUCCAGCUUUAAGCCUUUAUCGUGUUGUUGUUGUACAGGGCAUCCUAUGUACUAGUUUGUUGUGGUUAUAAAACAAUUAGCAAAACACUG